AUGCGCUUUGAGGACAAGUCCGGCAAGUGGAAGGAUGUCCUGGAGGGCCCUGGCCCCGGGUCCGACGGCAAGGAGAAGCUCCUGGUCGCCGUGGCCACUGGAAAGGAGGAUGAGAUUCGGAGACUCUUGGAGUCGAGGGCAGAUCCAAGUGCCGAGGCUUUGGUUGUCGCAGCCCGAAUCGAUGAGAGCAAAAGCCUUGCUGUCGUGAAACUGUUGCUGGAGAAGAGGGCUUUACCCUCUGCGACAGACAGGUAUGGAUGGACGCCGCUGGUGGUGGCCGCUGCAAAAGGCCAUCUGGAACUCGUUUCGCACCUUCUGGAAUGUCAGGCGACUCCAGAUCCCAUGACCGGUCCGGGCAAGAAGAGAGUCGUGACAGCUUUGCAUGCGGCUGCCAGCUUCGCGAAUUUUCAUGGGUCACCAAGCGGAGAUUUGCAAACGAAGGAGGCAGCCGAGGCAGCCAAGGAAGCGGCAGCCAAAGACUUCUUGGAAGUGGCCAGCACACUUUUGCAAAAGCAAGCCGAUCCAAACGCGCUCUUGGAGUGGGAGGGCCAUGAACCCACAUGUCUGCUGGCAGCUGCCAGCGCCAAGGCCGAAGACAGCUAUGUUCUGGAUAUGAUACAUCUCCUGCUGAUGGAACGAGCAAACCCAGAGGCCGCCAGAGAUGGACGCACGGUGCUGUCGGUGGCUGCGGAAGCAGAUGCGGAAGGACAUCGAGCCGAAUACCUGCUGGACCGUCUCCUGCGCGGCGAGGGGCAGGAGUACACGGACCUGGUGCAGAAUCUGCUGCAAGAGGUCCAGCCUGCAAAAGGCUACACCCGCCAGCAGAGAUUGCAGGAGUCCGUGCGCACCAUCCUCGGUCAGGUCCCGGAGAAUAGUAAGCAGGUCAAGCCGAAAGUGUCCCUAGUGACGCGCAAAAGCACCAAGAGCAGCAGCAAGGCAGACGAUAAGACCAGAACCAGCAACGAUUGGGACUUGGAGCUGCAGAACUUGCACUAUGCGCCGAAAGUGCAAGUAUCGUUGCGAACUCUUCCAAUCCGUGCACCCUUGGCAUGCCGCCCGGGAGUGUUGAGAGCUUUGGCAGAGACUGCAAACGACGAAACCUUGGCCUCUGAUACGGUGGAGGCCAUCACUGCUGCGGCAUGGCUGCAGUUGCGGGCAGUCACCGCCAUAGAUGUCUGUCUGGAUGGCAUGGCGGUCGCUUGCUUGUGUGGCGUCACCAUCUCCUGCCGCACUGGUGGGGACGGAAACGCCCCGCUGCCAUUCGUCUUUCUGAUCCUCAUCCAGGCGAAGGAGGCCAUUGAAUGGAUAGUGCACUUCUUCUAUGUGUUUGGUGCAUUCUUCAAAAACCUGGUCAGCCACAACUUCCUCAUGACACCAGUCAAGAGCGAAGAUUGGGAAGACAGCAUUUCCGCACAGGGUGCAGAAAUUCUAGAGACCUUUGCUGAUGCGCUCUUCUUGGUCGUGGGUUGUGCCGCCAUUGCAAGUCAGAUGCAGCUUUGCAGCGAGAACAAGAUGGACAAGGUCUGGAUGCCAUGGUUCUGCUCGAUGUAUUGGCUACGAUUCGUGUACAGUUUACGUGGGGAACGAUGGCUGGGAAUAUAUCUACUUCCGAUUCUGUCCGCUGUGCGAGAUACCUGGGCCUUCUUCUUUGUCACUUUCCUUUGUGUUGGAGGCGCCACCCACGCCUACGUUAUCCUGGACCCCCGAGGAGAAGACCCCCUCCCGAUAUACUCUGCACUUACACACACGGUUCGCCUCGCCAUUUUCGGUGAUUUCGACCUCUUCGAGUACCAGGGCCAGGACACGAACUACGUAUUGAACACCGAAACUAAUGAGUGGGAGCCCAAAGAUCCAAGUCCUCUGGACCUGGGGGCAGAUUGGUUUUGGAGCUAUAGCUACCUGCAGCUCUCCUUCUUCAUCACCGGCAUGGGCAUCACGGUGCUUCUCAUGAACCUCUUAAUUGGUAUCCUGAGCGCUAACUACGACACACACCAGGGCCGGGCACAGAUCCUCUUCGUGCAAGCCAGGGCUCGCAUGUUGCUGGAGCAGCAGCGCCGGCCCUGGAGUAUGGCCUUCGCAUGGCUGCGACGAGGCCUGAAGCCGCAGUCGAGUUCCGACACCUACAAGGAUGCCAGGAGUAAGACGGCGGAGUUCAAAAGAGACUUCUUUCACCUGCCGGAGCAAUACCGUUAUCCUGCUAUUGUGGGCAUCGUAGCCCUAUAUCCACUUCAGCAAGUCAUGACAACCGACAUCUUUGGUCAUUUUCUGGCAGGCGCAGUAUACGGGCCUGUACUACAAGACAACAAGCUGGCCUUUAUCAUACUCAUCUUCUCCCCACUGUUCUUGGUUCUAUCAGUCGUUGUUUGGGUGAUCUUUUGGCCGCUCUGCCUGGUGUUCCGGAUCCAAGGUGUGCGCUAUGCGAUCAAUUUGACUGUCUUCGGCAUCUUUCAUACCCAUUUCGCUUCGGAGUGCCACAUCUUGGCGCUGGUUCGGAAGGAGGAUGGAAAGACCGACCAGAAGGAGAAGAUCGAGAAGCUGGAGGGUUAUCUCAAGGAGCUCUGCCGUGGCCACCAGGGCAGUGACGGAAAACUGGACAAGAUGUUGGCUUUACUGGGUGAAGGAAAGAAAAAAGCGACAAAGCUUCGGAAACAGGCCGGGACGCCCCAAAGUUCGGGCGAUGCCCUGCGUGAGAAGGAGGUCGCAGAGGCGGCGCCCCAAAGCACGGGCGGCCUCUCAAACAUACCGAAGGAAGAGCUGCCUUUGUCACCUCCUUCGAAAGCGACUGAGGCUCCGGCGAAGCCGUGUGCCGAGGUUGUUAGACCAGGCCAUGGGGCAGGCACCAAGAGCCUCGAGGAGCUCAUCGGAUGGAAUGCAGAAUUGACGCAGCAGUACUGCCAGCUGAUGGCAGACGUGUCCACUUACAUACGCCAGAUCCAGGCCUCCCGCCCGGGGCUUCUCGAGAACCUGCCGUUCCAGCCCAUCUGGAUGGACCCUGUGCCGGUGAACGAGCCCACGGCUGAGAACCUCCGCAAAAGCAUCUCGGACCUCUCCGUGUGGGUUGCCCGGGGUCGGGCGCAGGUUGACUGGCUGCGCCGCAAUUCAAUGCCGUGGGGCAACCUGCCACUUGAUCUACAGGGGAAGACUGGUAGUAUUUGUAGUCGUAUUGAGUCGUAUUGGUAUUAUUGUUUGUGGUAUGGCAACCUGCCACUUGGUCCAGGAAAGACUUGA